CUUAGGGCUCCAAAGCACACAAACGCCACGGACCUUCCCCAACAACAUUCGAAAUUUCCGAUCCUAGUGAAGGCCAAAUCCGUAAUUCCACCAUUUUGUUCGUACUUUCGGGGGGAGAGAGAGAGAGCGAGUUUUGUAGUUUUUUGCAGAGCGAGAAAGUGUCUUUUUGAGAAAGACUCGUGGAGGGUCGCUCUGAACGAUGCGUGGAAGACAGGUGACAGGGAAGUGCCUGAGAUCGUGCUCUUCAAAAAUGGCGGAUCGUAACUUUUCGCAAUCUAUACAAAUUUUUCUUCUCUGAAACCAUUUUUUUGUUUUUUGCCAAUCUCUUUCUUUAUUGUGCUUCUUCAACAAUUCCUUUUCGGAGGAAUUUCGCUUUUCUCAGAGAUGGCUGAGGUGGCGAAAGUGCUGUAUAUAGUGGUGGUGGACGAUGAGGAUAAGAGAGAGACAGGGAAAGAAUCGUUUCGGUAUACACGCCCUGUUUUGCAGAGCACUCUUCAGCUUAUGGGCUGCAAAGCACGACAUGCCUUUAAGAUUAGCCAAAGGGUUUUUGAAAUGAUCAAAAGCAAAAGUUCAAUUGAUGCUUUGCUUCCUGAAAGGGUAGAGAAGUCACCUGUGGAUCCUUCAAUUCAGCAGCUAGAGAAGGAAGACACUUGUGUUAGAGGUGAUUUCUCUCGUAAGGCAGAAUUUGGCAAACAGUUGGAUUCAGGGAAGGAUGAUAAGAGUACCAGUGUACCAUUUGAAUUAUAUAAAAGGCGCACGACUGUAGUUAUUCGGAGAGAAACCUUCUUAGACAUUGUUUGUGAUGCUUUGGCUGAGUAUAAGUAUGUUGGUCCCAACCAAAGGGCUGACUUAGUACUGGCAUGCAGAAUUCGAGAAAGGAAGGAAUCUGUAACUGUACUGUUGUGUGGCACUAGUGGAUGUGGAAAAUCUACUUUGUCUGCAUUACUGGGUGGCAGGUUGGGUGUCACAACAGUGAUAUCAACUGACUCUAUUCGGCACAUGAUGAGAAGUUUUGUAGACGAGAAGCAAAACCCUCUCCUAUGGGCUUCAACCUAUCAUGCAGGGGAGUGCCUAGAUCCUGUGGCUGUUGCUGAAGCAAAGGCCAAAAGGAAAGCCAAAAAGUUGGCAGGCAUUGCACACUCACUUUCCAAAGAGGACGUUUCUGAGAGUGCAACCACUGGGAGAUCUGAUACCCGAAUAUCAGAGGUUGGUAAUGGAACUAGUGAAUUGAUUAGUCCUAAGCAGAUGGCAAUAGAAGGUUUCAAGGCCCAAAGUGAGAUGGUAAUUGACAGUCUUGAUCGGCUAAUCACUGCAUGGGAGGAGAGGAAAGAAUCUGUAAUCGUUGAGGGUGUGCACUUGAGCCUUAAUUUUGUGAUGGGGCUUAUGAAGAAACACCCUUCUAUCAUUCCAUUCAUGAUAUACAUCACAAAUGAGGACAAACACUUGGAACGAUUUGCAGUUCGUGCAAAGUAUAUGACUUUGGACCCAGCAAAAAACAAAUAUGUGAAGUACAUCCGAAACAUCAGAACAAUUCAAGAUUAUCUCUGCAAGCGGGCUGACAAGCAUCUUGUCCCCAAAAUAAAUAAUACCAAUGUUGAUAGGAGUGUGGCAGCCAUUCAUGCAACAGUCUUCAGCUGCCUUCGUAGGCGUGAGGCCGGGGAACAACUUUAUGAUCCCACUAGAAACACAGUUACUGUGGUAGAUGAGGAAUAUCGAAACCAAUCUGCUGCUAACUCUUUAAGUUCUAAGGGGAUGUUUCAACUGAUUCAGAGGAAAGGUUCAUCUAGGCAGCUUAUGGCUCUUGUAAAUACUGAUGGAUCUGUAGCAAAGGCUUGGCCUUUUGACUCAGUUGAUAGUAACGGGAAGCCUUUAUUGGAAAAUGGAACUGAGAAUGAAAUAGGGAUUCCCAUUUAUGGAUCAUCCCAGAUUGGUAAGGCAGAAACAGUUAAUCUUCAGUUUGGCCUCUAUGGGAUCAGUGCUUGGCCCAGUGGUGGUGGCACCAGUCGUGCUGGAAGUGUCGAUGAGUCAAGGGCCGAUGGGACUGAAACUGGUAGUAGGUAUUUUUCUUCUUGCUGCAGUUCACCAAGGAUGUCCGAUGGACCUUCCAAAGAGCUCAAGGAGGAAAAUUCAGUGCAUGGCAGUGAUGAAGAGGCUGAUGACCCGCCAGAGGCUGGCAGCGAUGAAGAUUUUAGUGAUGAUGGUGACAAACAUGUCCAUGAAGAGAUAGGCUCGGUUGACGAGGAGUCUACAAAAUCAGAUGAAGAAUAUGACGACCUGGCAAUGCAGGAUGUGCAAGAGAAUGGAUACUGGUCAGAUGAUGAUGAAGCCAAAGAUAAGAUUUUGCCUAUUUCCGAGGACCAAUUACCCCGUAAACUAGGGGAUAAGUACCACCGGAAUCUGAAUCACUUCCAUAGAACUAGAAGCGAGCCUUUGUCGGAGCCAUUAUGCUCUUACUCUUCUCUGCUUAUGGAGAAGAAUGAAACGAGAAUGAUGUCUCCUGCCAGUGUCAAAAUGAGAAAACGCUCCCUCAGCAUUCCAGCUUUGGGAAAGCAUGGAUCGGCAGUCAAUGGCCCAAUACUUUCCGGAGCUCCACAGGGCUAGGGCUAUGGCUAACAGUUUUGUUGUAGUUUUAGGUUUUUCGUCUUUUUCUUUAUAUUUAAAAUUUUUUUGUUAACUUUUUCAGUAAUUUAGUAUAGUUUUAGCCCAUGUAGUUUACGUCUCUCCCUCACGUUGUAUAGAAUGUGGUUUGCACGUUUUCAGUGUAUGGAAUGGCUUAUAAAAUGCAUUUCUUGUCUU